GCUGCAUUAAUAACACGCGCUCUGCUAAAACCGUAAACACGAGAUGGAUUUUGAUCUGGGCUUCGCCGAGGAGCCAAAUAACGCAGCAUGGCUAAGUAAUCGCUACUUUCCCAGCAAAUUAGGCGGCCAGCCGGCGUGGCUAGAAUUGGACACGCUGCCAAGUGUAGCACAGCUGCAGUGCAAACAGUGUCACUCACAAAAAGCAUUUCUUUGUCAACUCUAUGCGGCUUUCGAGGAUGAGUAUAAUUUCCAUCGCAGCAUUUACGUUUUUCUGUGCAGAAAUGCCGAAUGCCAGCGGACUAACAACGCUGAAAAUUUCACAGUUCUGCGUUCACAGCUGCCGUUGAAGAAUAAAUUCUACUCAGAGGAAGAGCCUUCGGAGGAUGGUGAGCCCUUGCCGGCUAUAGCCAGCUCACGGAAACUUUGCGCUGCUUGUGGUUGCUUGGCCCCGCUUGCCUGCAGCCGGUGCAAAAACAUCAACUACUGUUCCAGCUCCCAUCAGCGCGCGCACUGGAAGCAACACAAACCGAGCUGUGCCACUGGGCAGUCAGCACAGCCCUCCGCACCGCUUUCAGAGAUUGAAUUUCCCCUAUACGAAAUAGUCAUGGAGCGCGAAUCAACAAGUGAAUCAGCUGUGAAGGAUGAACAGGCUUGCCUGGCCGAGUACGAGGAGCUCUCAGCUAGAGGUCAAACGGGCGAACUUCGUGAUGUAACCGAAAAGGAGCUGGACAAAUACUUUGGCAAUGCAGCUGCAAUAGAAGAUAAAGCCUUUCAAAGCUUUAAGAAACGAAUUGCAGCCGAGCCCGAGCAGAUCGUGCGUUACAAACGUGGAGGCGAACCACUGUGGAUAGCCAACGUGAAGGACACGAUUGAAAGCCAGCUGCAGGAGCUGCCCAAUUGCUCGCAUUGCGGUGGUCCACGUCAAUUUGAAUUCCAGCUCAUGCCACAAAUGUUGACGCUGCUCAAGGACGAAAACCUGGAUUGGGGCGUUCUGGCCAUAUAUACCUGUGCGAGUAGUUGUCCCAUCAGCGGCUACGUGGAGGAGCAUCUAAUCAAACAGGAUAUAGUGGUAGCAGUACCAGCAGCAGAAUAAGUGGCUUAAGCUGUUUGGGUUACAGUCUCUGCUGUAUGUAUACAAACCAAUUUUAUUUGUUAAAGGACGAAACAAAAUGUAAGAAUGAAAAGAGAAAUACGGCGACGAUCUAAGACAACUAACAUGAUUACGAA